GCCACACGCAACGCAAGCAGCUGCUUCUCUCUUUCCGCUCCGCAGGCCGCAGCGCCCAUCAAGAGCGAGAAGCCCUGUCGCGCGCGGAGACGAUGGAAGGGCCGGCGGCGGCGGAGGCGGAGAACGGCGGCGCGGGCAAGGGGUCCGGCAGCAGGUUCAGGCGGGUGUGCGUGUUCUGCGGGAGCAGCUCCGGCAAGCGCAGCAGCUACCGCGACGCCGCCGUCGAGCUCGGCAAGGAGCUGGUGUCGAGGAAGGUGGAUUUGGUGUACGGCGGAGGCAGCCUGGGGCUCAUGGGGGAGGUCUCCGAGGCCGUGCACAGGGGCGGCGGCCAUGUCAUUGGCAUCAUACCGACCAGUCUCAUGGGAAAGGAGAUCACCGGGGAGACGGUGGGCGAGGUGCGGGCCGUGGCGGGGAUGCACCAGCGCAAGGCGGAGAUGGCGCGCAACUCCGAUGCCUUCAUCGCGCUCCCGGGCGGGUACGGGACGCUGGACGAGCUCCUGGAGGUGAUCGCGUGGGCGCAGCUGGGCAUCCACAGCAAGCCGGUGGGCCUGCUGAACGUGGACGGGUACUACGACUUCCUGCUGGCGUUCAUCGACAAGGCGGUGGACGACGGGUUCAUCAAGCCCUCCCAGCGCCACAUCUUCGUCAGCGCCCCCGACGCCAGGGAACUCGUCCAGAAGCUGGAGGGGUACGAGGCCGUGCAGGACGAGGACCCGGCGACGCCCAAGCUGCGGUGGGAGAUCGAGCAGGUCGGCUACAACGCCUCGCUCCUGGCCGAGAUCGCCCGCUGAUCGGCCGCGCGACGAUCGCUGCUGCUGCGGGAGCUCUGGUGGCUCCAGUCCACGCAUCGUCUGCCGGCCAGGCCACUGGCCUCCACCUGCUGCUAUCUACCCUACCCCUACUACCCCAUCGAUGAUCGAUGCGAUGAUCCUGCGUAUCAGAUCAACAGAAGCACGCAUUCAUAUGUGUGUGUUUCUCAAGUGUGACCGCAGAAACGGGGCACCGGUGAGCAAGACGCACGCGAGGACUUGUUUUUUUUAGGGGUGUGCGUUCUGCUCCUAGUCCUAGCAGCUAGCAGCGGCUUGAUCGUCCUGCCGCAUGUACUCUGCUCCUAGCCACGUACUCGUACUCAUAUUCCUGAUCGACGAUCACGUGUUUGUUUACUACCCAGCAGCAGCUAGUACUAAUGUACUAAGUUAAUCGUCGUCCCCUGGUAAUGUAACUGACCUCCAGCUCCAGCUAGCUAGCUGCG